UUCUGCAGGAACCAUGGCCGACCCCGGCAAGCCCGAUGAUGACACUGUGCAGGUGCUGCGGGACAUGGCCAACCGCCUGCGGAUCCAUUCCAUCAGGGCCACGUGUGCCUCCAGCUCCGGCCACCCCACGUCGUGCUGCAGCGCAGCUGAGAUCAUGUCCGUGCUCUUCUUCCACACGAUGAGGUACAAGCCGACAGACCCAGAGCACCCCGACAACGACAGGUUCGUCCUCUCGAAGGGCCACGCAGCGCCCAUCCUGUACGCCGCCUGGGCGGAGGUGGGCGACAUCAGCGAGGCCGACUUGCUGAACUUGAGGAGAAUAAAUUGCGACUUGGAGGGACAUCCCACCCCAAGACUGUCGUUUGUGGAUGUGGCCACCGGAUCUCUCGGGCAAGGGCUGGGGGCCGCGUGCGGAAUGGCUUACACGGGCAGGUACUUCGACAAGGCCAGCUACCGCGUGUUCUGCCUCCUGGGGGACGGCGAGUCCUCGGAGGGCUCCGUCUGGGAGGCGCUGGCCUUCGCGUCCCACUACAACCUGGACAACCUCGUGGCGGUGUUCGACGUGAACCGCCUGGGCCAGAGUGGCGUCGCGCCCCUCGAGCACUGCAUGGACAUCUACCAGACUCGCUGCGAAGCCUUUGGGUGGAACGCCUGCUUAGUGGACGGCCAUGACGUGCCAGCGCUGUGCCAAGCGUUUCGGCAAGCCGCGCAAACGAAGAACAAACCCACGGCUAUCAUUGCGAAGACCUUCAAGGGCCGGGGUAUUCCCAACGUGGAGGAUGCGGAAAAUUGGCACGGAAAGCCCAUGCCAAAAGAAAGGGCGGACGCCAUCAUCCAAUUAAUUGAGAGCCAGAUACAGACCGACAAGAUUCUCAUGCCGAAACCCCCUGUGGAAGACUCACCUCAAAUCAGCAUCAGGAAUAUACAAAUGACCCGCCUGCCUGAUUAUAAAGUGGGUGACAAGGUAACUACUCGGAAAGCCUGUGGUGUGGCUUUGGGUAAACUGAGCCAUGAACAUAAAAGAGUUAUCGUCCUGGAUGGGGACACAAAGAACUCCACCUUUUCUGAGAUAUUCAAGAGAGAACAUCCUGAGCGCUUUAUUGAGUGUUUUGUCGCCGAGCAAAACAUGGUAAGUGUGGCCCUGGGCUGUGCCGCACGUGGUCGAACCAUUGCUUUUGUUAGCACCUUUGCUGCCUUUUUGACCCGAGCAUUUGAUCAGAUCCGAAUGGGAGCCAUCUCUCAAACCAGCAUCAAUCUUAUUGGUUCCCACUGCGGGGUAUCCAUCGGUGAAGAUGGACCCUCCCAGAUGGCCCUGGAGGAUCUAGCCAUGUUCCGAAGCAUCCCCAAUUGCACUGUUUUCUAUCCAAGCGAUGCCGUCUCAACAGAGCGUGCCAUUUAUCUGGCUGCGAAUACCAAAGGGAUGUGCUUCAUUCGGACCAGCCGACCGGAAACUGCAGUUAUUUAUACCCCCCAAGAAAAUUUUGAGAUCGGACAAGCCAAGGUCAUCCGCCACAGUGUCAAUGACAAAGUCACAGUUAUUGGAGCUGGAGUGACUCUGCAUGAAGCCUUAGCAGCUGCUGACCUUCUUUCUCAACAAGGUAUUUCUAUUCGUGUCAUUGACCCAUUCACCAUUAAACCCCUGGAUGCUGCCACCAUCAUCUCCAACGCAAAAGCUACAAGUGGCCGGGUUAUAACGGUGGAGGAUCACUACCAAGAAGGUGGCAUUGGAGAAGCUGUCUGUGCAGCUGUCUCCAGGGAGCCUGACAUCCUUGUUCAUCAGCUGGCAGUGUCAGGAGUCCCUCGAAGUGGGAAACCUAGCGAAUUGCUGGAUAUGUUUGGAAUCAGUGCCAGACACAUCACAGAGUCCGUGAAAUGGCUGAUUUCUUAAGAAGUCAGUCUGUUGGCUUUUGUCUCAAAAUCCUGUUAUCUUUAUAUUGCAUUCAUGCUCAUAGUUA